AUGGGAGCUUCAUCAUCCAAGAUAUUGGAUACCCUAAUGGAGGGGACCAAUUUCGAUAAAGAGGAAAUCAACCGGAUGAGGAAACGGUUUAUGAAAUUAGAUAAAGAUGGAAGUGGGACCAUUGAUAAGAAUGAGUUCCUUGCGAUACCUGGGAUUCUGUCCAACCCCUUAGCUACACGUCUUAUGGAUGUAUUUGAUGAUGAUGGGAACGGAACCAUUGAUUUCCAGGAGUUUAUUACCGGGUUAAGUGCAUUCAGUGGGAAGUCAUCCAAAUCGGAUAAGCUUACGUUUGCGUUCAAGUUAUAUGAUGUUGACAGAGACGGAUAUAUCAGCAAUGGAGAGCUUUUCAUAGUGAUGAAGAUGAUGGUGGGGAAGAACUUGAAGGAUGAAGAAUUACAGCAAAUUGUUGAUAAGACUAUAAUGGAAGCCGAUUUGGACGGCGAUGGGAAGAUAAGUUUUGAAGAGUUUGAAAAGGUCAUUGAUUCGAAAUCUGUCGUUAGUUCGUUGACACUUAACUUGUUCUAG